AUGGCGGCCGAACAGAUGUCGCGGUACAACUCGCGGCAAAUGAGCAGGCGGAGAUGCCGCCUGCUGUGCCUCUACGGCUGCUUACACGCAUGCCGUUUGAGGGACUUGGUAAUCAGCAACGUGGCGUUUAAACCGCCCACGAGGCGCGGAUAUGCCAUAGACAAGUAUGGAACGUUCCUUUUGAAGAAGGGCCACGGCCCUCCUACCGCCGUCACCAGCACCCUCGGGCUGUAUGGUAUCGACCUGUUCCACACCUUCCUCCGUGGUCCGCGCAACCAGCGCUUGUCCGUGGUGGUGAUGCGCCACAGGCCUCGUUCCGGCGACGAGGAGGAGGAUGAAGAACCUAGGGUGAGGGAGGACCGGGAGCUCAUCGUCUUCAGCCACGGCAACAGCACCGAUAUCGGUUACAUGUUCACCGCGUACGUCAACAUAUGCAAGGUACAUGACGUCGACCUGCUUGCGUACGACUACAGCGGCUACGGGCUGUCCGACGGCGCCCCGGGGGAGAAGGCCGUCUACGAGAACAUACAGACGGUGUACGAGUACGCGCGGCAAGAGCUGAAGGUGCAGCCCGAGCACAUCGUGCUCUACGGCAACUCGCUGGGCUCGGCGCCCUCGUCAUACAUCGCCAGCAUGCCUGAGAAGUACCCGAUAGGGGGACUUAUACUCGAAGCGCCCCUAUCCUCUGCCAUCAGGCUGCAGGUGGGCAACGUCGCCCACACCCCCAAGUUCGACGCCUUCACGAACGUCGAGUACCUCAAAACCAAAGACCUAUACCCCACCCUCAUCAUCCACGGCACCUCGGACGCCGUCAUACCCGUACAGCAGGCGCGGGAACUGGCCUACAUCGUGGAAGUCCGGCACGCCGAACUCAUGCAGAAACAGGACGAGCAGGUCACCGACCUGACGGAGUCGGACGACGCCGGCCGGCUGAGCUCCACCGAAUACGGCAAGCGCGGGUACAUCGAUCUGACCAGAACGCCAGAGGACUACCUCCGCACAUGGUGGGUGCCGGGAGCGGGACACAACAACAUACAAGUCGACAACAUGACGACGUACAAUCGCAAUCUGGAUAUCUUUUUCAAAAUAUGCAGGAAGUGGAGAAAGGACAAAAAUCUUAAGAUACAGCGUUAG